GAAUAAGCUUCUGAUAGCAAGAAACUGAGGUACUCGGAGGAAAAGUUGAGAACGUUACUUCCUCUGAGACAAUGGGCCUGAGAACGACAGAAAUGAGGUCGUYUCUGAUUGGUUGAAAGACCGCUGUAGGUCACUGGUCAUUUGUUACUAUACCUUAAGAACACACCGAGGCUUGACUUAGUAUAACGAAAGCCUUCAUGUAAUCKGGUCACAAUGAACCGAACUAAUGGAACAACUCCAGGCAAUGAGGAAGGUGAAGAAGUGGCUUCACUUGCUCUUAAAGUCAGCGCUUACUGCAUUGUGCUGGUGCUCUCGUUAGUGGGAAAUACACUUGUGAUAAUCACCUAUAAAAUAGACAAAAACGAGCUGAGAAAACUUGUCAUGAGCGCRACUAUCUGUCAUAUGGCUGUAGCAGACCUUAUCACAACUAUCUUCGGUGUCCCAAGCAUGAUAUCUCUCUUACUGGUCGACCGACGAUGGCUGAUCCCAGGCCGUUUUGGAGAGGCGCUUUGUAAGAUUCACUCGUAUGCUUUAGAAGUUGGGGUCUGUGUCUCUGCUUGGUGUAUUGCUAUCAUAGCGGUUGAGCGGUUUUUGUCUGUGUUCUUUCCUCUCCGAAAGAUAAUAACUAUUAAAGCGGCACAUAUAGCAGGAGCGAUUGUAUGGGCAGGAUCUUGCUUAUUCUACGCGCCAAAACUCUACACCAAUACUGUAAUCAGAUUUGRUAAAAUAAUGUYCUGUACRAGUGAUUUUUCCAACAUCAAGCCAUGGCGGGARAUUGAGGCUUCGUUGGUUGCUUUGUUAUUUCUUGUGACAUUGGUACUUUAUAUCGCUAUCGUUGUCAAAGUGACGCAGAGAAAUUCCAUUCCGGGUCGUGUUGUAACAGAAAAUAGUCAUUUAGCCAGAAGCAGAACUAAUCGUCGUGUGAUUCGGCAAGGUCUUGGGGUAAUCACUAUUCAUUAUCUAUGCUGGAUGCCUUAUCUUUGGACUUACACUGUGUGUGUAGUAUUUCGACUCGGAAUAAAAAACGUCUGCUCUAACAUGGGGAUUUUUCAGGAAUUCUUUAUUUUCUUCCUCGGGUUCAGCAACGCCGCUUUAAACCCGCUACUGUACACAGCUACUAACGAGAGCUUUCGUAAAGGCUGCAAAAAAGUGCUACGAAAUGUUUGUGUAUCAUGUGGUGCCCGCAGAAUUUCACCUUCAUCAACUGUUAGAAGCUCUAGAGCUGUUUAUUCAAACGGGAAACAAGUGCAGCAACAGCAAAGUGGAGGAGAAACAUCAAGACGAAAUGAUCAACACUUAGUUUACCUCGAGAGAGAUGACACGGGAGAGAUAAGAGUCGAGAGGGAUAAUUUAAAGCCCAGUAAAGAAGUCCCAAGGGUCAUAGUUGUAACAACUCGUUAAACGAAUAUUACAAAACACGUAGAAAAAUAAACACUCAAUGAAUAUUGCCAUCAAUCUUCGUCAAUCUUCUCUUUAAACAGUUUACAGUAAACAUGUCAGACUGAAAAGCUAACACAAAUUUCACCCUACGUUUUCYUCUCGCUUUAAAAACAAUGAACAACCAGAAAAAUACUAGAUAUUUUGUAUAAAUAUAAAGUCGAUGCCAUGAAUAAAAGUAUAUUGUGAUUUGUGGAUGGUUUUCUGGGAGUAGAUGAAACAGGUGAAAUCAUAUAAGUCUUGUUCGUGUAUAUCAAAAUGUGUUAUCAGUAAUGUCAGUUCCUCAUCUUGUUACCCCUUAAGUGUUUCCUUUUUGAAUAAUUCCU